AUGGCGAGAGAGCGAGCUGGUAGCGUGUCCUGUCAUUUGCCUUGUGAUAAGCCAUCCGUGGCCAUUUGCGUUGCUUGUAAUAACCAUUUUUGCUGGGAUCAUUUUUGUGAGCAUCGUCAAACCUAUGAGAAAUACCUAGAUGAUGCUCGGGAUCAUCAACAAUCUUUAUCAAAAUGUUUACUCGAAUAUGAACACCUUGAAAACAAACAUCGUUCGACUAUUGACAGUUGGGAACGCCAAGCAAUCGAAGAUAUUCAUCAAACAGCUGAAGAUGCCAGAAGAAUACUUGAAAAUCAUAUAAAAAAUUAUCGAUUUCAUUUCGAGGAAGAAUCAUCGAUGAUCACAAAUAGCAGAUCAACUAAUCAACAUGCUCAAUUAGUUCAAUUGGAAAAAUUACAAAAUGAAUAUGGUCAUUCAUUAGAAAACAUUCAUAUCGUUCAACAUUCUGAUCGAAGACGUAUGUUGGAAAUUGAAACGACAAGUCCAAUAAAAGAAAGCUUCUCAUCAGAUCCAUGGAAGGAAGUAUCAUUCAUUUGUAGUCCCGACAUGCCCAAGACAAGAUUAGGCAAACGGUUCAUCGAGAAACCUUUAGCAGAAACCUCUGUGGGUAAUUAUUGGGCAAUAGGUGCCUCAGAUGAAUAUUUACUUGCACAAGAAUAUGAAAAUAAACAAUUGACA